AUGAGAAACUACACAGAAGACGAGCUCAAUGACUGGCUUGAAAAGAUCGAAGAUGUCAAUAAAAAGGUAGAAUUAGUCUCUUAAUUAAUUAAAUUUUGUUAGGUCAAGGAUAUAGUAGAUGGAACCGUAGAUUGUGACGAAAUGGACAAGCAGGAAUUAGAGACAGAAAAGAGAAAGACAACCAUGUAAGAGAUAAAAAAGAGGGAAGCUGGAGAAAAAUUGCUUAAGGGAAGACCUGGUAAAGGGCAUUAACCUGGCUACAAGAGCUUUUGCAAGUUCUGUUUCCAUGAGUUCAUGAUACAACUCGAUAAGUGUACUCACUGCAGCCAUGAUACUAUGACUUAUGAGGAACGUCUUGAAGAACUUAGAGAAAAGGUGGAGGAAUUUAAAGUCAAGAAUGCAAGAAGGAAGGACAGAAAGUCAAAGUGGGAAAACUGGAAGAAGACACAGGCACUAUUCUACAAGAAGACUAGUACCAACUAUAAGAAGUGGGACUUUUUCGAGAGCGGGGAUGAAGAUUCUGAAGACGAUAAUUCAGAGCCAAUCCUUCCCAGGGAUGAUCCUAAUUUCAGAGCAAUGGAGGCUGAUAUGCUAGAUAGAAAGAAGAGACGUAUGAGAGAUAAGAAAGAAGCAGAUGAGUUAAGAGAGAGGGGUAACGAUGUCCUUAAGAAGGGACUGUACAAGUCAGCCAUUAAAUACUAUACUGAUGCUCUUGAACUUAGAAAAGAUAUAUUAUGUCUCUACACAAAUAGAGCCUUAGCUAGACUUAAAAUUGAGGACUACUAAGGAGUGAUUGAUGAUUGCACUCGAGUAUUGGAAUACUGCGAGUGCUUCCACGAUGGAUACACCAAGGAAAAAGAUCUGUGCUAUAAAGCAUUUAUGAGAAGAUGCCAAGCACUUAGAGGACAGAAGGAUUAUGAAUUCGCUCUUAAGGAUUUGGUAGAAGCUGAGAAAUUAAUACCAGAAGAUAAGGAUGUGAUCAGGCUGAAGAAACUCACUGAGGAGGAUAUUGAACUUUAAAAGAGAAUAAACACCAUAAUGGGCAAUGCUAAUUUACUCAAAGGAAAGGAAUAUCUAGAUUUUAUGCUUGAUUUCUUACAAGGAAGGAAAGAAGAAGAGAAACCAAAAGAAAAGAAGUUUUGCUAUCAUGAAUUGACGGAUGAGGAUGCUAAAAAGAUCUUAGAGACUCUUUUGCAAGACCCAGACAUGGUCUAUUAUUUCAAUGCUAAGGAUGGCUUUAAGUCUCUAGUCUCUUCUUUGGAUUUCAACUCCAACGCCUUGAAUAUACUACAAUAAAUCCUCGAUAAAGAUGUCAAAUUGCAAGAAGACUUCUAAAAGCAAAAGCUUUAUGAAUAGCUCAUUGACUAUCUUAACAAGUCAAAUUAAAAUGUGGAAUCAAAGACCCUUGAGUCUCCUGUUAUUCAUCAAACAUUAGAAAUCUUAGAGUCUGGCUCGCUUAACGAGUUUGUAAGAGAAAACUUAAGUGAAAAGAAGAAAAUCAAGGACUUGUUUCUAGUCGUUAUCAAGGCUAUUGACAUUGAUGCCAACAGAAAACUAGUCAGUUCUCUAAUACAAUUUUCUAGUAACUUAUGCUAUGGUAAUGGCAAGUUCAGAGUCAUGCUUAGAAGUGAGAACUCUUAAACAUUCUUCUAGACAAUGAAGAAGAUCCUUGCUAGUGCUAAUAUAACUGAUUGGGAUAACAAGGAAUCGACUGCUGAUAAGGUAUUACUGAAACAUGCAGUCUUGGCAUUCAUUGGUAACCUUUGUGUCGAUCAAUAACUCAGACAGAUAGUAGCUGGUAACGUUGAAGGUAUUCUUGAAGAAGUAUAUUCAAUGUUCGAAAAAGAAAUUGAAAAGAAGCAAGUAUUGUGGCUUGAAAGCGUGAAUAGAGAACUCGCUAUAAUAAUUAAUGCUUGUCUUGAACCAAGAGCUUAGUAAUCUAUGAUUUCUAAGGGUAUAGUUUUGCUACUGGAAAAACUUAUCAAAGAGCUUAAAUACAAGGAUGAUGAGGCUGAAGUCAUAAGUAGAAUCACUAAUCUUCUAGGCAAGCUAGCAAGAGAUUCUCAAGGUGCUUAGUAAAUUGCCGAGUCAAAAGAUAUUAUACUCAGAGUUUUGAUUUAUUUCAACAGAAAUUUCCCAAUCUUACUCUACAAUAGUUUGAGAAUUUUCCAUGCCUGCUGCAAACUUUCUGGCUUCAGAGAGAUUUGCUUAGAGAAACAUGGAUUUACUCCAAAGAAUUUUGAUACAUAUGUGACCGAAGUAACUGCUCUAUUCCAUGAAAACUUACAAAAUAAUUAAGAUGACAACUUCAUAAACUGCUGUUCAAGCAUUUCAGCUUUUGCCGAAGUCAUUCCGGAGAGACUGCCAGAGUUCAAGGACCUUAUUGUCCCCCUUAUAAAUAUAAUCAAAGAAAAAACAGACAUGAUCAGGAAAAAUGCUGCAGUGUGUCUGGCUAAGAUAUGCAAGAAUGAGGAAAAUGCAGUUAUAAUGAGAUAAAAUCACGGUACUGAGGUGUUAGUCAGUUUAAGUAAUGUUUUAACUAAGUGA